AUAGAGUAACAUACAUUAAGACGCCCGAACUGCAUUGUUGGCGAUUACGCAUGAAGUGAACUCAACGAGGCCGCGAGAAAUCAUACCACAGUCAAGUAGUUCGCGAAGAAUCGCUACCGGUUUUAGUGUUUGUUGUACUUUUUUCUUUCUUUCUUUUUCUUUCGCUGGUCGGAUCGACGUUUUCCGAGAGCGCCUAGAUAAUAGGUUUGUCGCGUGCGCUUUUUAUUCGUUCGAUUUAAGUUGGCUGUGCAGCAUGUGCCGAAUGAUGUCGUCCGUAAGUUUGGGAUUCUUACACCUGUUGUGCUUGGUCAGCGCGGUAUUAAGCCAGACGGCAGCACCGCGACUUCAACGUCAACAGCAGCAACUCCAGCAACCAUACUCAACUCCCGUACCAAUUCUGCAGCAGAUCAAUCGUCAAAACGAAGAUGGCUCUUACACGUACGGUUACAAAAACGCCGACGGAUCGUACAAAUUGGAAACGAAAAGCGCCGCCGGCGAAAUCGAAGGCGUUUACGGUUACAUAGACGAGACAGGUAACCAGCGUGAGAUCAAAUACGGCGCCAGCAGCAGCCGCGGCUUCGAACCGGCCGGUCCGGGCAUCACGGUACCUCCGCCAACUCUUCACGUCCAAAAUAGUAACGCUAUCGAAGACUACGACGACGGCCAGUAUCGCGAAGACCCCAGUAUCUAUGAUAAAACCGAAAAACCCCUCGGUCCGAAAAUCGCUUUCAAAAGCGCUCCCAGACAACCACCCCAACCAGCGACCCACUUCAGGUACGAAUCGGAGCCCCAACAACAGCAGCCAUUACAGUUUAAUCAUCAACCAGCUCAGUAUAAUUUGUACAGAUCCGGUAGUGCUGCUGCCCCAGCUCAGGCUUAUAAUCCGGCCUUAUUCCAAGGCCAUCCGGCUACCAACUUCGAUCCGUAUACCGGAUCGUAUACUAUUAAUUAUUCCGGAUGAGCGAUGAUGAGUUGAUUACCUUACCCUGCUGAUUAGUCUGCGGAAGAUUUCUUUAAUUAAGUAUAUAUGUACCUACGAGUAGUUUCAAUUUGAAGCAAAUGAGAUUCCAAUUGUGUAUUUCUCGUCUCUUUGUUUUUAUUCUGUGUUAUUUUUUGUUUCGUAUAUUCUUUUUAAUCAUGUCGUUCUGUAUCACUGUUAUUCAUCUUCGAGAUCAUUAUUCUUUUUUUCAUCUUAUAUACUUUGGGAUUCAUUAUAGGUGGGUAGGUAUUACUGACUGUAUAUUACUCGUGUAUAUUUUUUUUUAGUCUUAAGAAAUCUAUUGAUGAAUACUCGUAGUGGGUAUUCGUUGAAAUCAUAAUUGGGAAUUUUUCAGCAUUUUUAGUGGGUGGAAAAAUGAAGGGAGGAAGGGACAAAUCUAGUCUACUUAUUGAAAUUAUGUUUUGAAUUUUUUUUUUUUUUUUUGCUCACUUAACGUCGUACGAAUCGAAAUAAAUUUCUUCAAUCUAUCUGAUAAGAUAUCGUAAUAAUUUUACAUUUCAUUUUGUAAUAAUUUUGUAUGUUUAGAGUGAUAAUAAUGCAGAUAAUAUACCUUGCUAGAAUAUUUCGAAA